GAAAUCGGUGAUUGAAAGAUACAACAAAGGAAAAGAAGAUAAAUUGGGUGAUCCAUGUUCCGAGGUCAAGUUUUGGCAAAGGGAAGCUGCACUGCUGAGACAACAACUAGAGAACUUGCAAGAGAAUCAUCGUCCGGAAUCCAUGAAGUUCGCCGGAAAACGAACAACUCCGGCCAAACAAAGUGCAAAAACAGUCAUAAACAUAAAAACCGGCUCAAAUAGAGACAGAUCUAGUAACAUUAGGAGAGACGGAGGUCGGAGAAGGGGAAAAAAAUGCUCAACGGCGUUGCUUCGACGGCAAACCACCGGAGCAACGCCGGAGACACGCACAUCUUCCCGUUGCAGAAAAAUAAUGGGUGAAGAGCUAUCUGGACUGAAUGUCAAAGAUUUACAGAACUUGGAGAAGCAACUAGAAAUGAGUCUUCGAGGUGUCCGUAAGAAAAAGGACCAAGUUCUGAUUGACGAGGUACAAGAACUAAACCGAAAGGGAAAUUUCAGCCAUCAAGAAAACAUGGAACUUUAUAAGAAGCUAGACCUAGUUCGUCAAGAAAAUACGGAAUUGUAUAAGAAGGUCUAUGGAACUAAAGAAGCAAAUGCAGUGAGCAGAAAUGCCAUGAGUUCAAACAGUUUAAGCGUCAAUGAGGACCUUCAUGCACCUGUUCAUCUCCAGCUAAGCCAGCCACAGCAACAACACUAUGAAACACCAGGAACUACAAAAUUAGGGCUAUCGCUGCAUUAGUGGAGAAGAUGCAGACUGUGCCCUUAAGCUCUCUUCUGGAUCAAGCGCUCCACGUUCACGAAUAUAUGUUUAAAUUAUUAUUGAUCGGUCUAGAACCAGUGGAUGUCAGGGAAAAAUGGUUAAUUGACCUGGUCAAUGCUAGAAAGUUUGCAU